GAUCUAUCCGUGUGGGUCGAGAGAUUGGCCCACACAAUGACAGGCUAGGAGGACUCAUCAUCCCCGCGGCCAAUCUGCACGACCAGCUGGCACGAGGCGGUCAAGACAAAGAUCUCCAACACUCCUGCGAGGGACCGCGUCGUGGAAGGGAGGCCGCUUUCGGAUGCUUGAUGAGUCGUCUCAGUAGCCAACAUGGACAACAAACGUAUAAAUUGGUCCGCCGCCUUUGUCAUUUCAUGUGUGUCCUUCUAGAUGUAUACCCGUUACUCGACAUCUGAAUAUACAUAAACUCGCUUCACAACGAUAAACCGACUCUUCAGUCUUGUAUAUCCUGCGUAUUAGUACAGACAGGAUUUACAAUGGCCGCUGCUUCAGUCCUCAUCCCCCUUUCCGUCAUCAAUCAGAACGGAGGUGUGCUCCCGCCCAGCGCACUUUCACAGCAAACCCCACGCCAUGGACGGAGUAGAGGUAUGAGCGUGAAUGGAAAGAGUGCAGGCGGCAAGGGCUACCGAGUUGUUGAGAAUGCCGACGCUACUGUAGCCAAAGCGGUAGCGUUCGUGCUGAAACGCGCGGUCUCGCAAGAUGAGCUUGACUCUGAGGUGGAAGAUGAUUACCUUAUCUGUGACACAGACGGAUGGGUUGGAGUUGCAGACCUGCUUGAGCAACCAAGAAUGAAGGAUCUCGGAAUAACGCUCAACGACAUCCAUCAAUCUGCGUCCUCAUCAAAAGCGCGGUUCACACUCCGACAGAAACCUGAGUCAGAUACAGCGAAGGCAGAGUCGUAUCAGGUGCGACGAGAGUCGAAGCGCGACAGCGCAUCCCAAGCUCCUUUGAUACCAGAAGGCGAGCCACUGAAGGCAGAUACCGAGAAUCUGCCAGAGUACAUCGUCUAUGAGACGACCUAUCAGAACUAUCCGCUAGUGAUUGCAUCUGGUACGAUCAAAAAGGCUGAUGGUGCCUCGCACUUGUCCUUCCUGCCCGUUGCCGCUGCAACAGCAACAAGUCGCCCCAGCAAGGCGGAUGUCAGCAUUUGGAUCCAUCUUCGCACUGCGAUGGAGCAGGCUCCGGAGUUGAAAUGGCAGUUCACCACAUCAGGCCGUAUCGUGACCAUUGCCGAGGAGCUGCCGCAGCGUCUGUGGAAGAAGGCAGUUGCUCGGCGCCCAGAUAUUGGACUGCUGUUCGAGGAUGGCGUGGUGCACAAAGAAAUCCCUGAAGGAUUAAGAGGAAAAGGCGCGAAGGGAAAGGCGAAGAAGGGUAAAGGGAUGCUGAGGCAAGAAGGCCAGGGACGCGCUGACAGCGAGUCUGACAGUGUUGAAGAGAGUGUUGAGGAAGAAGUGUAAACUGCUGUAUUAUAUUAUUAUCAUCCUUGGCCCGGACGAAUCGGCUAUGCACAAUUGUGAUAGCGCCCAAAGAUACCAAUCGGCCCAUAUAAAGAAUAGAAGAACAUCCCAGAUAUUGGGCAAAGUCACUU